CAUGCACGCCGUGCUCUCUGUAGAUAUGAUGUUCUGAUUAUUUUUUUUCUUUAAGACUUGAACCCCUUCCAUUGUUUUGGAUUAGGAAACAUAGCACAAUGCAACAAACUGUUCAGCCGUGCCAGAUUUCAGACCCUGUACAGUCUUUCAGGAUUAAAGAGCUUUAUGUGAACCCGAACAUGGAGGAGGAGUUCUGGGAGAAAUUCCACCACAAACACAAGCAGGUGUUUGGCGAAGUCAAGGAAGUGUCUCAUCUGGAGACUAACAAAGCAGAUAAGGCACCAAAAAUAGAAAUCUGUAUAGCCAGUGAAGUUGUCUGCCACUCGACUGCUUCAGACUCUUUGGACCAAAAUAAGGAUCUGCCUCUAAAGAGGUCAAAGUCUCAGAAAAGAGGAGACACUGACAACCUCUGGAAGCAUCUACGGCGCUCCAGGAAGCUAGUUGCAGCAGUUAAGCAGGGCAGUAGUUAUUUUCAACUCCUUCAGGAGCAGGAGGAGCAGAAGAAUGAAAAGAGGAGGAAAAAAGAAGAGAGGAGACGCACUGCUCUUCAUCAUCCAUCCUCCCUUACUGACUCAGAGAUAGAGAAUGAGGAGGAGAGGCAGAGCAACAGAAGGCGGGGACGACGACCCCGCCCGUUUACUCCGGUCCACCAAUCACUGGCUUCAGAUCAGCCACAGCAGUUAUCAGAGGAACAUGUGUAUCGGCAGCUCUGCUGUCUCUGCUGGUUGCUGGAGGCUCUGACUCGGGAACGUCCUGGAAACUUCGGACCUGUGGCUUCCUGCUGGGAUCCUAAGGAACCAGGGCAGAGCAGAAACAGUCUGAAGGCUAUGAACAGAGAGAAGUUGAUUCAGGCCAAGUGGGAGCGGUUCAUCUCUCCACCUAAGUCUCUGCGUCCUGUAAUCAGACUGUCCCGCAUCACCUCUCUGACCCACAAGUCCCCAGCCCUCAGUACUGUGGCGUCAUCUGUGUUAACAUCCUCGUUGCCAGGCAACGCAUCAUCCUGUGACGUCACUUUCGCGGAAGAAGAGCGCGAGUGUCCAAGCGUGGUGAUGUCAGAGGCGGAUCCUCCCAUCUCUAAAUACUUGCAGAAGCUGCUCAACGAGGUUCACCAGAGUGUUUCUAAUGAGCUUUACGGCUCAACCACAGAGACAGACCCUGAGACAGAUACGAUCAGUUUUGACACUCUGAGUACUCUGUAUAGCACACAGGACAGCACAAUCAGUGGGAAACUGGAGUCACACACCUCAAAAUGUUCAGAACGUUCUCUGGCCUCCACGGUGUUUAGCUACGAGAAGGCGGCCAUGCUGGAGGAAAUGAAGCUCAUGUUUAAAGAAGAAGCUCACGAGUUAUCAAUGAAUUUAACCGACACUCUCGACCUCAAAGCCAAGAAGAGAUGGAUGAGAGGAGUGCAGAGAUAUCAGUCCCUCUCCAACAUGUCUGCCUCCCCAUGUCAGAUGUCCUCGGUGAUGUGUGUCACCCCGUGUCCACUAGUGCAGGAUUCUAACAUACCAGACACACCCUACAGUACCGUCUGGCUCUCAACGUUACUUAGCAGCCUAUCUGCUCACACACACUCGACUAGGAAGUUGGAGUGUGUGUUGAAGAAACUGAAGCGUUACACACAGGAGAGAACUCUGCGUAUCCGACCACACGUCUUCCUCAGAGUCCUGAACUCCCUCCAGCCCUGGGAGCUUUGCUGUCCUGAACUGUGUGUGGCUAUAGAGAUAGUGAGAGAGAACGCAGUGAGGAUGUCGACGGAGGACUACGACUGCUGGCUGCAGAGUAAAGUCGACCUUCCACAGAGUGUAAACGCCUUCAGAUAAUCUCUCCAAAUACUGCAUCUCUCUUUAUAAUAAUAAUAAUAAUAAUAAUAAUAAUAGGCUUAUAGAUAGACAGACAGACAG